AUGGGUUACCACAAGAAGACAGUUGUGUCACUCUUUAGGUGUGCACUACUCAUUCCCUCUCUUCUGACACCCUGGGUCACUGCAUCCUCCCCCGCUCACCAUGCACCCCUCAACCAAGCGGAUCGAGGGGUUGGCAAUGAAGACCUGCAUGUGAAGUCCAUCGGGUACAUGUCAGAAGAGACUCAGGCCUCAGCAGCACUUAGUCUUCCUGUAACGUCCACCGCUUCUACCCACGGCGGCACAACCAAGAAAGACAUAGACUACACCGAUUUUGACGUCGAUGUCAAGAGUCUCUUCCCCGAGGGACACAUUCUCUCAAAUUCUUCUAAUCUACAGUAUGGCCUCACUGCCUUGGGAGGCUCCAAGUCUGGCGCGAUAGACACUGCCAGCUCGAGGUCCGGCUAUCUACUCGCUGUUGGGGAGUCACAUGGACUAACCCAGCUCCGGAAGAGAGAUGGCCAACCAGAUCCUUUCGUUUUCCUUGACUGCCCGGCCAACGUACUGGACCAACCCGCCAACCAAACCCAGAAGGCUAGAGUCGUGUGUACAAGUGAGGAUGUCGAUGGCUGCUUUAGGGUGAUGGAGCGUGGAGUUGAAGGCACUUUGGUAGAGAUGCCAGAAGAGUGCGCACCAAAUUCGUUCGCUCGAGCAGUCUCAAUAGAGCUUGCUGAAGACCAGACUAUGCCAAAUCACCUGACAAAGCAAAAUACCACCACGUCCCCAAUCUACGAGUUCUCCUUUGACUUCAACAAACACGAGCUGCGAGACGACGCGAAAGUCGCCAUACGAAUCGAUAUGACAAACAUCAAAGGACACUGGGACGGGUUUCUCGAUUCUCCUGGUAUUGAGAAGCGGGAUGUUGAGGGCAAAUAUCUUUUGUCUCUUCAAACAGAUUGGAAGAAUACUUUACAGCAUGGAAACCAGUUCCAAAGCAUCAACAAUGAAGGGCCAUACAGGGUCGUAAAGGACUUAAGUACGCAGGUCUUUUGGCAAGCUUCCGACAGCUGUCCCGUAGGGGACGAGAACUAUCAUGAGGGUAUCGGAGCUUUUAUCCAGGGCAACGUCGAUGCCAACAUAUUCUAUGCUAUCACAGUCAUAGCAUCUUCAACCAAAGGCUCUUCAACUGUCGACGUCGAAGAUGCCCAUGGCUUUAUCCACGUCACUGGCCACACGGAUUUGACCUUUGGAGUUGGCGGCGUGGGUCGUCUCGAUAUAGGCCUGGCGGGACAGGGCAACCCUGCCAAGAGCGGGCAAUUCUAUGAAGGCUUCCAAAGCCAAACGAUUAGUGCAGGGGCUUUGUGGGGAACCAUGAAGCUCACACCCUAUAUCCGUCGACAAACGUAUUUGGCCACGUCUCCCAUGGAUGGGUUCCCGUCUACCGGACUUAAUCAUGAGGUGGCCUUAAACGGACGCCUGAUUACACAAGUCAAGACUGAAUUGGGCGACUUUCCAGCCUCGUUUCCUCGUGUUAUGUUUGAAGAUGAGUUGGAUAGACUGAGAAAGCACCACAAGAAAACCGAGAUGGAGACUCUUAGCAGUAACGAGCUUUAUGGAGACGGAGGCGAGAGAGGCAGCACCAUACAAAUCGGACAUAAUCUCACUUUCGGGCUCGACCUGUUCUUCAACAUAUUACCUGAUAUCCAGGGACAACAACCAGUUCAACAGUCCAGUCCUGCAUCUUUACGUGUUGCCAGCGAGACAGAAGCCAGGUGGGAUAUCCCGCCAGCUAAGGACGGCACAGUUUGUCCUCAUUCAUCAUCCUCGAGUCUACUUAGACAAGGGAUUGUCAACAAAUACUUUCUUGGCUGGAAAAAGUACAAUGAUUCGGCUAUUCUCUUCGCUGACAACUCAGCUCCUCAUCACGAACUCUGCUACUCGACCAAACGCAAGCGAUCAAUCGAGGAUUUCCCUUCACCAGGAAACCAGUCUGCUCCCAUAUCCACUAAAGCAUUCAAUAAGAGAGGAAUAUGGGGACCUAAGCACUACCUCGGACCUGUGAAUAUAUUUGGCUAUGUCAUCGGCGCCCUCUUCUUUGGACGAAAAAAGCCCGGUGAUAUCAACUGUAAGAACGGGCGAUGCGCAACUUGCCUUGAUUUCAAAGACCCUGAUGGCUGCUGCGGCUGUGUUUGUAUGCAAUGCAUUUGGGGUCCUCGUGGCGAUAUACCACCAUGUGAAAAGUGCACGAGUGAGGAGGACAAGAAUGAAGCGCCAUGGCCAGGUACCCAUGUGAAAAGGGACCGAAUCAGUGGUAACAACGUUCCCGCGCCAAAAGGUGAGGGAUGGGCUCAUUUUCUCAAGAACCCUUUUUCCGUUCGUGCCCGAACCGUCACUCCUGGCUGGAAGGAUGUCAAAGUCAACGGCGUCUCGUACGCUCCUCCUAAGAAAGGAAAUUCGGCACCAUUCAAAUACCCGAUGUUUCCCCAGGACGUGAAAAAGGUAUGGGAAGGGGCCGAUGGUGGUAUCUACGACUCUAUUUCCUACUACUGGGGAAAUACCACAGCCGACUGUACCGACUGGAGUCUCGGGCUCAAUAAAACACGCGACAUGACCCAUGACCCCGUGCGCGACUGGAUUCCGUCAGCAUAUGAAAGUAAGUCUACUGCUGAAACCUACUCCAUAAACAUGACUACUAACACUUGGUCUCUCUCUCAAGCCGAGCACGUUUACGAGGGCCAGAAUAUGGGCCAAUUCUUUACUCAGUGGCUCACUAAGGGCCAGAUUGAAAGGCAAACGCCCCAUCCAGGACUCACAAAUGGAAAGGUUGAUGCGGCCUGGGUCGAGGACUGGAUCAUGAGCUCCGGCGAAGACCUUCCAUGGACCAAUCCUGUGGAUCCAGGCGAGGAAUACUCCUUGUUCGGCCUAAUCCAUUCGGAGCUCGGCAACAAUUAUCACAAGGACCGUCUCGCAAUUUUGCAGGCGAGAUUGAAUCGCAAGAAAGAGAAUGUCUUCGACUUGUCCAACUUUUACUCCGAUGACAAAUACCGAUUGAAGAUGAGUCAUGACCAGCAGUGGAGCACAGUCAAAGAAAUAGGCCUUACCUUCAAUUACUUGAACAACGAUACCAUCUGGGACAUGUGGUGUGAUACUUACUCCGGUGUGUACGACUGGCUGGAAAAGUUUGACCAAUUUUACACGGUUGUCAAAGGCCCCGGUGAUCCAGAUGUGUCCCUAGCUGAGGAAUGGGGUAAGUAUAACCGAGUAGUCCUCGACUCUGCUGUCAAGAUCAAUGGCGAUGGUUGGGACUGGGCCUUCGAAAAUCGACACACCAACAAUCCGGCUAUGCGGUUUUCGCGUGAAGAGGCAAUUUGGCAAGCCAUACGCGCCAGGAACCCCAAAGCGGACGUCUUUCAUCUGAAAAAGUCUUGCCGCAACCUUCCCCCCACAACUAUCGUUUAG